AUGAAGGUAGCGACGUGUUCUGCACCUACGAACAUUGCAGUGAUCAAGUAUUGGGGCAAAAAUCAUGUGAAGCUGAAUACGCCACUGAAUUCCAGUAUGAGUGUGACAUUGCAUCAAGAUCAGCUGCGUACGACGACUUCGGUGGCUGGUGGGUCGAGGCUGCAGCGCACGCGGCUGUGGCUCAAUGGUCAGGAACAGCCCAUGACGAAGCGCGUGGCAAUUGUGCUGCAGGAAAUGGCGCAAUUGGCACAGCGAGUACAUGGUCAACAGAAGACGAAACACCUGCAUAUUGUGUCCAUCAACUCGUUUCCAACAGCUGCGGGACUCGCGUCGUCGGCUGCUGGUUUUGCGUGUCUCGUCGCGACGUUGGCGGAAUUUUACGGCAUUUCCAAGGCUGAUGAGGAGUUUCCAGGUCAGCUGUCGGCUAUUGCGCGUCAAGGUUCUGGAUCGGCCUGCAGAAGUCUAGACGGAGGUUUCGUGGCUUGGCAAAAAGGAGAGCGACCCGACGGACGGGACUCCAUCGCUGUUCAAGUUGCCAACGAUACGCACUGGCCAGAGCUGUGCGCCGUCGUGUGUGUGGUGAACGAUACUCAGAAAGACACGAGUAGCACGAUUGGCAUGCAGACGACCAAGGCUACGAGUCCACUGCUGACGUACCGCGUCAACCACUUGGUAGCGGGUCGGAUGAAGACGAUGGAGAAGGCAAUUUUGGAAAGGGACUUUGAAACGUUUGGCACACUUACAAUGCAGGAUAGCAACCAGUUCCAUGCCAUGUGUCUAGAUACGACGCCGCCGAUUUUCUACUUGAAUGAUGUUUCCCACCAGGUCAUCCGACUCGUGCACCGCUACAAUGAACAAGCUGGUUGUGUGCAGGCAGCCUACACAUUCGAUGCCGGUCCGAAUGCAGUGAUCUUUGUCGAGGAGCAACAUGUGCAGCAGCUCGUGUCACUUAUGCAUCACUGCUUCCCCACACCAUUCAAGAUGACCAUCAAGACGUCAAUCCCUAUUGACCGUACUCCAUCUGAUGCGCUUCUUAAGCAGAUGCAGACGAAACUCGAGAGUGGCAAGACAUUCAAGCUCCCACACGUCCCCAACGGCAUAAAGAUGAUGUACGUAUCUCGCGUAGGCGGUGGCACACGCGUGCUGUCAAUAGACGAAGCGCUGGUCGAUGCAGUCACGGGCGAGCCGUUACCGUUUUCCACAGAAGUCCGUGACUAUCCGCUCAUCAAAUCCAGUUUAUGGCUACCUAGUGAGCAAACACUGCGGUAUCUAGCCACUGCUGUAGCUGCUGCUGCAGUAACCAGUGCCGUGCUGCUGCGCAAGUAA